UAAUCGGACCCAGGGUAACACCGACCGACAACCCGACCUUUUUACGAAGGUGUUGCUAGUUGCUACAAAGGAAUUGAAGCCAUGAAAGACCAAAAUCAACAAUGGGGAAGCUCUUCAUUGUCCUCUUUCUCUUUACAUUUUUCACUGCGUGGACUGUGAAAGCUUGGACCGGUGAAAUCCAUGGCAGAGUUGUCUGCGAUGUCUGUGCCGAUGGUUCCGUUGGUCCUGAAGAUCACGUCUUAGAAGGCGCAGAAGUUGCGGUUCUUUGCAUAACGAAAUCAGGGGAAGUUUUAAAUUACCAAGCGUUCACGAAUUCAAAGGGAAUAUAUACAGUGGCUGAAACUAUGCCAGAAAGUGAACGUUGGGAUGCUUGUUUGGCAAGACCUAUUAGCAGUUUCCAUGAACAUUGCACUCAUCUUGGAGAUGGAUUUUCUGUAUUCCAAUGUAUUGUGCUUGAAUGUAGUCAAUACCGAGACGUGAUUGGUGGAGGUUGGCGCAAAAGGGGGGAUAACCGAGGGCCCAAAGAAAACGGUUGGAAAUGUUACGGGAAACGCUUUCUUCUCCGGUUUUCAUCUCCGUUUAUACAGAUGAAAGUCCAGAUUUCUUGA